AUGCUGCACGACUUCCUGAGGGACAGGAUGGCCAAGUUACUGGCUGAGAAACCUGAAUUGCGUCAGAAGGCCAAUUGCAAGAAGUUGCUGGACGAGCUCAACGACAAUGACAUUGAGGCAAAUUGGUGGUCUUGCCAUGUCCAAAUUGACAACGACCUGUGGGUAGUGGUGCCCAGUAUGCCCAAGAAUGCGCCAAACCUGAUUAUCUUGCACAAGGGCCAAAUUGCUGUGGAGUUCGGUGGCUUCUUCUGUGAGCGUUUGAUCCAAUUUCAUUUGCCCGCGGAUGACAAUGAAGAGCCAGCUGUGCAAGAGCCACAGUCGCUUCCACCAAAUAGUCAGUAG